UCUGUUAGCGAGUUCCAUACGCUCUCUUCCUCCCUCUGCCCACCUGCGACCUUCGAUGACCCUGAGUUCAGCCCUGUACUAAAGCAGAUUGGAAAGGGGGACACCUAGUUAGUUGUACAACUGAAUGCCUUCAACUGAAAUGUGUCUUCCUUGACAUGCUACAUUUUUGUACUUAGUAUACCAGUUCUGUUUUAUUAUGUGCUCUGUUUUUGUAAUGAAACAGGCAGGGAGCAGGUCUCGAAUCCUCGACCUUCUAGCCCUUCUAGCCCGAGGUCUGGUGCGCUGUCGACUGUGCCGCAGAAGCUCAUGCGGCAGAGUCCAUUUCCGCGCUUAUAAACACAGGGUCGUUACAAUAUGGACGUUAGAAACGCACACUUUUGUAGUGAGGAGUAAGGCCACCGUCAUUACACAUUUUGUCGGCCAAUAUAUUCCAGGUAUUACGGUACUUCUCCAAUGGAAAAUAUGCAAUGACAGUAUGCAACUAUACCACAAAGGAGUAGAGACGAGUCAAGCAGUUGUUGUCAGAUUCUCGUCUGUAGUCACAUGUGUACAAAACUAACCGUAUCGCUUUAGGAAGACAUCGAUUUAUUAGUUAUUUAAAUGUAUUACUCGCAAUAAAUAUGACGGAAAUGUUUUCAACUCUGUAUGGGCAAAAUGAUGCUCAGGGACCUCCCCGAUCAUCGUCUCUGGGAUUUGGACCGGGAAAUCCACCACCCCCUCUGCCGCCUAACCAAGUCCCGAUGGCGGCCCAGAUGCCACCUCAGCUCGGGGAUGAGGGGCCUGCUCUACGGAAACCGGGAGCCAUGAACGAACCUUUUUAUUUACUGCGAGAACUACCAGUGGGCAAUGAGCUUACGGGCAACACCAACCUCAUCACCCAUUACAACCUGGAACACGCUUACAACAAGUUCUGUGGCAAGAAAGUCAAGGAAAAGCUCAGCAACUUCCUGCCAGAGUUACCAGGUAUGAUAGACUGGCCUGGUACCCAGGAUGGCAGUUCGUUGCGCUCUCUGAUAGAGAAGCCUCCAGUGUGUGGCAACUCCUUCAGCCCUCUGACCGGAGCCAGCCUCACCGGCUUCAGACUGCACACCGGACCGCUACCGGAGCAGUACCGGCUGAUGCACAUCCAGCCUCCAAAGAAGAAGAGCAAGCAUAAGCACAAACACAACCGACCACAGGAUCCCAUACCGCAAGAGACACCCUCAGACUCUGACCCCAAGAAGAAGAAGAAGAAAAGAGAUGACGACCCUGACCGCAAGAAGAAAAAGAAAGACAAGAAAAAGAAGAAGAACCGCCACAGUCCGGACCACCCUGGCCUGGCUGGCUCUCAGCCCAACAGCCUCCGAUAGACCAGACAGAGACAACAAGUGUGUGUGUGUGUUUUUGAGAAGCUGGUACGAGUGUGUUUUGAAGAAUCAGGAAAUGUUUAGGAGAGUAUGUAUUUAGAUAACGAGAGAUUAUGCUUGUGUGACAGGGAGGGGAAAGACAGUCUCAUGUGUCGUCAGAGUGUGUGUGUGGUAGAUUGGAUGUCAGCAGUGUAAUAUUGUUUGAGGAUGAGAGACGGAAGGCCACUGAUAUUCUGAAUGAGUGUAUGUUAUGUUCCCCUUUUUCAUUUGGUUGUGAUAUUUUCUGACCACAUAUUCCAAUAAACUGUUUUGUCCAUGCUGCCUUGA